AGCAGGAAGAAGCAACCGCUGUGGGUCUCAUCUUCUGGGCGAAAGUUCCCAAUUCCUUUGCUCUCCAAGCUUCUCCUGCUGACCCUGUCUUCUCGUAAGAGCUUUCACGGCAGAUCUAGUAUUUCCUGUGGGUUAUGAAAUAGGAAAGCACGAGGCUUGCCAAGGGACUGAAGGCCGCAGCAGCCAUGCAUGACGCUUUCGAGCCGGUACUGAUCCUAGAGAAGCUGCCCUUACAAAUAGAGUGCCUGGCUGCUUGGGAGGAAUGGCUUCUAGUUGGAACAAAACAGGGGCACUUGCUGCUUUACAGAGUCAAAAAGGAGCAGAGUUGCAAUCAGUUUGAAGUGAGUUUGGAAAAAUCCAACAAACACUUUGCAAAGAAGAUUCAGCAGAUUCAUGUUGUUCCUCAGUUUAAGAUCUUGGUCAGUCUGCUUGACAACAAUGUUUGUGUCCAUGACUUGCUGACAUUUCAAUUGAUGACAACAAUCUCCAAGGCUAAGGGGGCUUCACUACUGUCUUGUGACCUGCAGCGCUCUGCGUCUGGAGAGGAGAAGCUGAAGAUGUGUGUCGCUGUUCGGAGAAAAUUACAGCUUUAUUUCUGGAAGGACAGAUCAUUCCAUGAGCUUCAGGGUGACUUCAGCGUCCCUGAUGUUCCCAAAUCCAUGGCUUGGUGUGAGAAUUCCAUCUGCGUGGGAUUUAAACGGGAUUAUUACCUCAUUCGGGUGGAUGGUAAAGGCUCCAUAAAGGAGCUCUUUCCCACUGGGAAACAGCUGGAGCCCCUUGCAGUCCCACUAGAGGGGGGUAAAGUUGCAGUGGGACAGGAUGACUUGACGGUGGUAUUAAAUGAAGAGGGGACCUGCACUCCCAAAUGUGCCCUGAACUGGACAGAUAUUCCCAUGGCCAUGGAGCAUCAGCCACCAUACAUUAUCGCUGUGCUGCCUAGAUAUGUGGAAGUCAGGACCUUUGAACCUCGACUUCUGGUGCAGAGUAUUGAACUACAGAGGCCUCGGUUUGUCACAUCUGGAGGCCCAAACAUUGUGUAUGUGGCCAGUAAUCAUUUUGUAUGGAGGCUGUUCCAGUGUCCAUUGCAACUCAGAUCCAACAGCUGCUUCAAGAUAGAGCAAUUUGAGCUGCCAUUGCAGUUAGCGCAGAUGAAGGAUGAUGCCGAUGGUGAGAAGCGACAACAAAUCCACCACAUCCAGAACCUUUACGCCUUCAACUUGUUCUGCCAGAAACGCUUUGAUGACUCCAUGCAAGUAUUUGCCAAACUUGGCACCGAUCCUACCCAUGUGAUUGGGAUGUAUCCAGAACUUCUGCCUUCAGAUUACAAGAAACAGCUGCAUUAUCCUAAUCCCAGUGCCCAUGUUAUCUGGGGCAAGCUGGAGAAGGCUAAUCUGGCUCUUAUAGACUACCUGACCCAGAAAAGGAGCCACCUUGUGAAGAAGCUGAAUGACUCUGAUUACCACUCCACCACUUCCCCUCUAAUGGAGGGGACUCCUACCAUCAAAUCCAAAAAAAGCUCCUGCAGAUAAUAGAUACCAGUCCUGCUUAAAUGUUACCUGCACACAAAUGUGGCUCUAGUGGCCCCUCUCCUGCGCCUGGAGAACAAUCAUUGCCACGUAGAGGAGAGUGAGCAUGUUCUGAAGAAGGCACACAAGUACAGCGAGCUUAUUAUUCUGUAUGAGAAGAAGGGACUGCAUGAAAAGGCCUUGCUGGUCUUAGUUGAUCAAUCUAAGAAAGCCAACUCCCCUUUGAAAGGUCAUGAGAGGACUGUGCAGUACUUGCAGCGGAUGGGAGCUGAGAAUUUGCCACUUAUGUUUGAAUAUUGCAAGUGGGUGCUACGAGACCAUCCGGAAGAUGGGCUAAAAAUUUUUACAGAGGAUCUUCCAGAGGUGGAAAGUCUGCCCCGGGAUCUUAUAUUGCAAUUUUUAUUAGAGAACUUCAAGCAUCUUGUGGUCCCAUACCUGGAACACAUCAUUAUGAUCUGGAAUGAGGGGGGCCCAGAGUUUCAUAAUUGUCUGAUUAAGCAUUACUGUGAGAUGGUGCAAUCUUUAAUGCAAGAUAAGCUCACAGAUACAGAUCCAUUCUGGAGCCCAGCUGGAAAUGAGGAAAGUCAGACAGCCGCAGGCAGAGAAAAGGAAGAUCUAGGAAAAAUCCGCAAAAAGCUCCUUGAUUUUCUGGAGUAUUCAGAUUGUUACCAGCCUGACAGGCUGAUAAGUGACUUCCCUUUUGAUGGACUGUUGGAGGAAAGGGCUCUACUGCUUGGCCGAAUGGGCAAACAUGAGCAGGCUCUCUUCAUUUAUGUGCACAUUCUCAAGAACACCAGCAUGGCUGAACAGUACUGCCUGAAACACUAUGACAAGCACAAGGAAGGCAGUAAAGAUGUCUAUUUGUCAUUGAUCAGGAUGUAUCUGUCACCGCCUGAUGUUCAUUGCCUGGGUCCUAUCAGGAUUAAGUUGGAUUUGCCUGAAACUAACCUUGAGGCUGCCCUUGCUGUUUUGGAACAACAUCAUGGAAAACUGAACACCACCAAGGCUAUUAAUUUGCUUCCAGCAAACACUCUAAUCAAGGAAAUUCAGAUCUUCUUAGAAAAAGUACUAGAGGAGAAUGCUCAGAGGAAGAGAUUCAACCAAGUGCUAAAGAACCUACUGCAUGCAGAGUUCCUAAGGGUGCAAGAGGAAAGGAUUUCCCAUCAACAGGUGAAAUGUGUUAUCACUGAGGAAAAAAUCUGCAGUGUUUGCAAAAAAAAGAUUGGAAACAGUGCCUUUGCUCGUUAUCCCAAUGCUGUUGUUGUACAUUAUUUCUGCGCAAAAGAUGUUAGCUCUGUGGACACCUGAACAUAGUCCCAGGAAAUAAAAGGACUUGAGACACACAGGAGCUGAAUGGGUUAAGGAUCUAAGCACCUACCCUCUGCAGCUUGGCGACAACUUUUGUACAGACCACUCUUCUGCACUUGGUCUGCCACCUCUAAUACUCAUUAUGGACUCCAUGCCUUAGGAUGUCUACUUAAGGACCAGCAGCAAAGGUCAAGGCUGUGUUGUUGGCAUGGCCCAAGUCAAGUGGACAAGCAUCAGAGCACAUAGGAGAUACUCUGCACCAUAAGGUCUUAUCUGUGACUUUACUAAACCAAGAUGGAUGUGCCCAUAUCAAUGCUAUUGCGAUGUAAAUAAUUGUACUUUAUACUGUAUUAUACAGUACUUUUUGUGUGUAUAUUUAAAUGUAAUUUAAGUGUUGGCAUAAAUGAAAUGGCACUCGGUCACUGAAACUAAUAACUACAUUGUUGGCAGUAAAGAAGUUUAAAGAAAUAAGUACAUUGCAUACAGAUAGUUUUAUAUUUCUAAAAAAGGAAAGAAAAUGCAAUAUUUUACCAUGUUCUAUUUCAGAGAAGUGCAAGGGAAUUAAUUUGUCCUUGAUGUGGAAGGUAACUGAAAAUAACUUUAAACUAUUAUCUGUAUAGUUUUGUACCAAACUGCAACUUUUAACUUACUCGCUGGGUCCUUGCACUAUUACUUUAACUUUUGAAUUUCUUGUAAAUAAAUUGUUUUAUAAAGCUCGACAGAUCCUAAAAGUUGAUAUAGUAGGGCUGUCACAUCCGUUAUGUUACUAUUAAAUAAAGGUACUAUAUAACUAAUGUUAA